CAGGCGGUACUGCAGGCGGAAGCUGUUGAAAACACCUGUUGAGGUUCUUCGUCACUAAAAUUCCACACCUGAGUUUUUACUUGUGGAAGCUGGCCGGCACUUCUGUGCUUUUUAGAGAGAAGACCAAAUGGAGAAACUAAAGAAGGUACUGAGCGGGGAAGAUGGCGGCAACUCGGACGCGGCUUCAAUCCUGGAGAGAGCCAAUAACGCAUCAACGCUAGCCUGGGGGACGAGAGUGAAAGGCUUCCUCAUCUCUUUCAUUUUGGGUGUGCUGUGUUCCAUUCUGGGCACGUGUAUGCUGUGGUUACCAGCCUUUGGACUUGCGGUUUUUGCUGUCCUCUACAGUGUCGGAAACAUCUGUGCUCUCGCCAGCACCAUGUUCCUGGUGGGACCGUGCAGGCAGUUGAAGAGCAUGUGUGCCAAAGAACGAGCGCUUGCCACCAUCAUUAUGCUGGUGUGUCUGGCUCUGACUUUUUGUGCAGCUUUCUGGUGGAAGAAAAACGGUCUUGCACUGCUGUUCUGUGUCUUGCAGUUUUUAGCAUUCACCUGGUAUGGCCUUUCAUACAUCCCCUUCGCCAGAGACGGUAUCAUCAAGUUAUUUUCCUUCUGCUUCUAAACAUCUGAAUGACCAUUGAGGGUGCUGCGAGUCGGCGGACCAGGUGUCAGGUGUGGUUUCCAUGGCGACCAGUUGUCUCUCCGCAUCCUGUGUUGUACACCUGUUUAGUGUAUGGAUUGUAGUUUUUAUUAUUUAUUGUAAUAGACAUGUUAGGAUAUUUCACAGCACAGCAGGUAUUCAUAUUGUAUUUGUAUUUAUAUAACUUCUGUAUAUUAAAUAUCCAAUUACUGAUAAAACAUUUUAGCCAUUAAUAUUAAUGAUCAAUUUUGAGGUCAAAACGUAUAUUAUUUCAGAACUGCUGGACUGAUAGCCAUGAGCUAAAAGUUCUAUUCUUGUGACAGGAAGUGUGGCUGCUGGCUCUGUGCCUUUUGGUCUCAUUCUGCUUGUAAUGUCCAAAUAUUUCAGAGCAGGCUUUCAGUAGUCUGUUGGUUGGCUCUCAUUUACUUAUAAUCCGGUACCGAGAUCAAAUCGGUACUUUUGAUACAGGGCUGGUGCAUAAAUAGUGCCCGAACCUGUACUUAAAAAAAAAAUGUUUUAUUUAUUUUAUUUUUUUGUGCUGUCCAGCUUCUCAGGCAAAUCAUAUAGUACAGUGGUCCUCAACCGUGGACCGGUAACGGGCCGCAGAAGAAUUUUUUAUUAUUAUUAUUAUUUUAUUUUUAAUUGAAUUUGUCCGCGGAACAAAUGAUCAAGCGUUGACCGGUCCACAGCUCUAAAAAGGUUGGGGACCACUGAUAUAGUAGAUGUAGAUGUCCAUGGCCAUAUGGGCUGUACACAUUUACUUUACAAAAGAGAAGUGUAGGAUUCUUCUCUUGUUGCCUUAUUUGUAUUUGACUUUAUUAAAUGUAUUUAUCUUAUCAUUUGGAACUUUGUCUUAAAACAAUGCCCAUUUAUUUUUAUGGGGCUAUGUGUCAUGCAGAAUAGUAAUCUACAAAAUAGAUUUGCUAGUAAUAACACAACACAGCAGAAUAAGAAGCAGUACAGAACACAGGAAACGUAAAUGACUUUUUUCCCGCAAGACUGAGCCCGCUUCUUUUAAGGUGAAGUACCACCAAACUUUUGAGCAUUUUAACGAGAUGCUUGCCAUUGACUGUGUGAAGAAAACACUUCAUUAAACGUAACAUUUCAACAGUUGUUUCAGCAAUAACUACACAGGGAAUGGUGCCUCACUUUUGAAUUUUCUCCAAAAGUUGCCCGCUUCUUUUCAAACACUAUCUCGGUUAUUGAAUGACCAAACAUUGCACAUAAGAAUUUGGUUCGUUUGCUUGCGUAUCAUUUUGCGGAAUCGAGUACCCAAGCAGAGAAUCUCUUGGUUUGUUGACUCAGUCAAUGAGCUUUUUAAAAACAAUUUAAAAAAAGUGUUAUGUUUGAAUAAUAACUGCAAAAUAAGCCCCCAUGCAGCCAAAGAAAGAUUUGAGCUCCAACUCUAAAGAAGGAAAGAAACCUUACUGAAUUCAAGAAAGAACUGGAAGCAAAGUUCUUAGGCGUGGUUCUGGUUCUUCCCUCCCCUCUCUGUUUGCUCAUUGACGUCUUCGCCAACAAGAGUUCAUUAAGGGAAAUGUGAUGGUAAAUAUUAGUUUUCCUGCAUGUAAAAGCAAAUAUUUUCUCUCUAAAAAGUAUUUAGUGGUAAUAUUUCUUGGUGUCUCGUGCAGAUAAGUUGACUGGCAUUAUUUGUUAAAAAAUACUUUGUUUUUUCUGUACUAUUUGGUCUUCAUCUGACCUUUUACAAUGAAUGACUGAGGUAGCACUGUAGCUACCUGGUUGUUUGCUUUGGUCACACUUUUAGCAUCCAUCACUCGCUGUCUGAAGCUUUUCCAUGAAACAUUUCUGUCUGUAAGAACAUUUCAGCCAUUAAAAAGAUGUGAUGGUCAUACAGUCAACAAAUACUCAAACAUUCACUGUACUUUUCCAAAUUUAAUAAAUUGCUCAAGCUGA